AUGUGCUCCCGCGAGUCCUGCCACGACUACGAGUCCUCCUGCCGCGGAUCCCGCUCCUCCUGCCACCGAUCCUGGUUCUCCUGCCACAGGUCCCGCUCCUCCUGCCACGAGCCGGAGCCCUCCUGCCGCGACAUCCAGAGGCAGCCGGUGCAGAGAUGCACCUACGUGACGCCCUGCUGUCCCCCCGUGCAGCGCUACUGUCCCCCUGUCCCCUGCUCUCCCCCUGUCCCCUGCUGUCCCCAGGUGCCCUACUGCCCCCAGUACACCAAGAACAUCUGGAACCUUCCACCAGCAUGUCCCAAGUACUGA